AUGUUGAACGAUUUAAAAUCCAAAGAAACAGAUCAACAGAAGUUAAAAUUUGCAGUUCAUCAUAAACGCAGACACGACCAAGAAAUGCUGGAAAAACAAAACUUAAGAGAUGUAAGAAAAUUAGAAGUAGAAGAAAUCAUUGAAAGUGCUUAUACAAGAGCAGUGGAAUUAAUUAAACAGUUCAACAUAAUACCAGCUUUGAAGGAAAAUAAUAUAUUUAAAAUGAAUGAUUUAAGUGAGUUUAUUAGUAAACAAUUAAAAACAAAAUCAAAACUGAGUGACAAUUCUAAAAUGGAAGAAGAUACGGAUGAUGACAGUGAAUUUGAACUGGAUGAUGACGAUGAUGAUCAGAAGGAAGAAGAAGACCUGAGUGGUGACGAAGAAACGGAUGGGAAUGAGAAGAGCAGUGAUGAGGAAGAUGAGAUUGAUUUAAACAAUAUUAAAACGAUUAAAACUGAUCUACGUGGGAUGAGAAUUCGAAAUGAAAUACCAAAAGAUCAACAGAAUUGUUAUUUUAAAAUAAAAAUCAAUGGAACUGAAAAGUUUUUGCACAAGCAAACCGAUUGUUUUCUGUUAACAAAUGAAAAUUCAACAUUAUCUUCAGAUCGACUAUCUCGCGUGAUGCAAAUGAGCAAGAAACAGAUUUAA